UGUGCCUGUCCUCACCUAGGGAGACAGUUCUUCCUGCGUUGGGGCGGAGCUCUCACCCUCGAGUGUUGGGCAGACACCGGGGUGUGGGUGAUGACUCCUUGCUGUCCGAUCCCUGGAGUGGCUCCCCUGCCCACCCAGCGUCCAGGGACCUCAGGCCUGCCCUUCCCCAGGACAGUGGGUCUGGGGGGACACCCUCACCUCUCACAGGCAGGCGCCGCUUUUGCUUUUCUUCAGUCAUGCCCCCAUAACCUCUGGCCAGGGAGGACUCGCCCAGGGCACCUGCCCUCCUCAGGAUGGGUGGUGGUGCCAGGCCCCGGGGAGGCCCCGGGCUCUGGACUCUGCCCUGUGUGCUGGGGGCAGACGUGGUGGCACCUGGAGGGAGGCCUGAGGUUCCAAGUGCAGACCUCUGCCCCCCCAGGUGGGUAGGGCUGUACCCUCCACCCCAAACCGCAAAGCUGACUGCGGUAUGUGGGGGCGGGAGGGGGUGUAGGAGGAGACCUCGUGGGACACAGCAGAGAUGGGGAAGGCGGCUAGGGAGCCGCAGACCGGGAGGGGUCCGAUGCCCCAGCGCCUUCUCCUCUCCCCCCCCAGAGGAGCCCAUUUACUGCUAUACGCCGCACAACUUCACCCGCGACCAGGCGCUAUACGCCCGUGGCUACUGCUGGACGGAGCUGCGGGACGCGCUGCCCGGCGUGGACGCCAGCCUGUGGCCAUCGCUGUUCGAACAUAAGCUGCUGCCCUACUCGCUGCUGGCCUUCGCGGCGAUCAUGUACGUGCCCGCGCUGGGCUGGGAGUUCCUGGCGUCCACGCGCCUCACCUCCGAGCUCAACUUCCUGCUGCAGGAAAUCGACAACUGCUACCACCGGGCGGCCGAGGGCCGAGCGCCCAAGAUCGAGAAGCAGAUCCAGUCCAAGGGCCCGGGCAUCACGGAGCGCGAGCGGCGCGAGAUCAUCGAGAACGCCGAGAAGGAGAAGAGCCCCGAGCAGAACCUGUUCGAGAAGUACCUGGAGCGCCGCGGCCGCAGCAACUUCCUGGCCAAGCUCUACCUGGCGCGGCAUCUGCUCAUCCUGCUGCUCAGCGUGGCGCCCAUCUCCUACCUGUGCACCUACUACGCCACCCAGAAGCAGAACGAGUUCACCUGCGCGCUGGGCGCGGCCCCGGGGGGCGGCCCGUCCGUGCGCGUCACCUGCAAGCUGCCGGCGGUGCAGCUGCAGCGCAUCGUGGCGGGCGUGGACGUCGUGCUCCUCUGCGCCAUGAACCUCGUCAUCCUGGUCAACCUCACGCACCUCUUCAUCUUCCGCAAGAGCAACUUCGUCUUCGACAAGCUGCACAAGGUGGGCAUCAAAACGCGCCGGCAGUGGCGCCGCUCCCAGUUCUGCGACAUCAACAUCCUGGCCAUGUUCUGCAACGAGAACCGGGACCACAUCAAGUCGCUCAACCGGCUGGACUUCAUCACCAACGAGAGCGACCUCAUGUACGACAACGUGGUGAGGCAGCUGCUGGCGGCGCUGGCGCAGUCCAACCACGACGCCACGCCCACCGUGCGCGACGCGGGCGUGCAGACCGUGGACCCCAGCGCCAACCCCGCCGAACCCGACGGCGCGGCCGAGCCGCCCGUGGUCAAGCGGCCCCGCAAGAAGAUGAAGUGGAUUCCCAGCAGCAACCCGCUGCCCCAGCCCUUCAAGGAGCCGCUGGCCAUCAUGCGCGUGGAGAACAGCAAGGCUGAGAAACCCAAGCCCGUGCGCCGCAAGACGGCCACGGACACUCUGAUCGCGCCGCUGCUGGACGCGGGCGCGCGCGCCGCGCACCACUACAAGGGCGGCGGGGGCGACGCGGGGCCCGCGACCGACAAGAAGCACGCCCGCCACUUCUCCCUGGACGUGCACCCCUACAUCCUGGGCACCAAGAAGGCCAAGGCCGAGGCCGUGCCCGCCGCGCUGCCGGCCUCCCGGAGUCAGGAGGGCGGCUUCCUGUCCCAGGAGGACGAGUGCGGGCUGGGCCUGACAGCGGCGCCCGCGGCAGACGCGCCGCUCCCGGAGGAGGAGGUCCUGUACUCAGCAGAGCCAGCCCGGGGCGUGCUGUCCCCCGGGGGCCCGUUUCACGUCUGCUCGCCCCCUGCCGCCCCUGCCACCGCCCCUCUGUCGCCAGCCAGCCUGGGCAAGCCUGACCCCCUUGCCAUCCUGAGCCGCAACGCCACCCACCCGCUGCUGCACAUCAGCACCCUCUACGAGGCCCGGGAGGAGGAGGACGGGGCCCCCCGCGCCCCCCAGGACGUGGGCAGCCUCAUCACCAUCCCUCCCCCGCAGCAGAUCCUCAUCGCCACCUUCGACGAGCCGAGGACAGUAGUGAGUACCGUGGAGUUCUGAGGGCCGGGGUUGCAUGACAGCGAGGCCCUGCUCCCAGCCGCGUGCGGAGGCGGCCUUCGCUUCUCCCGGCACUGCCCACGCGCCCCGGCCUCCCGCCCGCAUGCCACGGGUCUCAGCACCUCUGCCCCCCGGUCCCCCGAAUGGCAUCGUCGGGGCGCUGGCUGGGUCCGGGGCUGGCCGGGACCCCGUAGGAGCCCAGAGCCGCCCCCUCCCCCCAGCAUCAGGCGCUCGGCUGUGAGAUGAAGAAUUUAUUUUUUUAGUUGAUUCUGUUUGGGGCCUGGGAUGCUGGCCUGUGAGGGGCCGGGAGGUGGCAGGACGACUCAGGGGGGCGCGGGGGGGUGGGGUGGCACCUCAGCCUUAGCCCGCCCCUGCAGGGAUGUGCGCCCUGGUGGGAGGGGCCGGGCCCCCUCCGGUCAAAGGUCAACAUGCACUUUCUCCUCAUACCCCGACCACCUGUCCUUUAUUACUGUAUUAUGAUUACUGUAACUAGCCAGUACAUUUAUUAUCCGGCGGCUUCGGAUGCCUUUAAAUCAAAGGAUGUCGUGCGUGUGACUGUGCGAGCGUGCCCGCGGGUGUGUGUGAGAGCCGGCGAGCGUGGAGCGUGUGUGUGAGUGGGCGUGGGGUGAGGCCAGUGAGGGCAGGAAUCCAACGCAAUAACCACGCCUCCUCCAGGCCACCUGAGGGGCCCCAGCGGUCUGUGGGAGCCCCGGGCUGGCGUGGGCGGGGCUCCCCAUUACCUCAGCCAGGGGGACAUCAUGACAGUGUUAGCAAGGUACCGAGCAUCUCAAUAAAGAUUAUUCUGAUACCCCCGGGUCCCGAGUGCUGCGUCCCCGCCAGAGGCCCAAGCUCCGGCUGGGGCUCUGUCUCCCUGCACGGGGUGGAGGUGCUGGGGGGCAGGGCACCGGGAGAUGCCCGCUGCCCUCCGGGGCUGCGCUGCAGCUGAGCCAGGCCGUGUGGUCCUCGCCGGUGGCCUCCAGCUGCCUCACGUGCAUCCUGGGCCCCUGGGUGAGUCCCUGCCUCAGUGGAGAGGGCCUGGCCCCCGGGAAGCCGCCCCCAUCAGAUGCUGGAGGGCCCAGCUGCGAGGUGCACCUGAGGCAACAGCCAGGGCUGGCGGGACUCAGGAGGGCUUCACCGAGGAGGCACCCGUGUUGCGGGGACUCGGGGUAGGGGGCUUUCGGGAUGCAGGUGGGGGUGCAGCCGGUCCGAGGAGUCACGAGCCUCCCAGGCCCUGGCAGGGAGGCCCUGGGGGCCUGAAGACAGGUGGCUGGGGCAGCCAGGCCAGGGACCCCGGGGCUACAAUCACAAGGGGGCUCGGCGGGGAUUAGAGUGGGACCAUCUGCUGCACCGUGUGGAGGGCCGACAGGAAGACCCUGGGCAGGCCCUCUCUGGAGCAGCCCCCGCUGGGCGCCGUGCAGAUGAUCCCUUGCCCAGGGGCGGCAUCCUAAUGGGUUUCCAUCAUCACUCGGGGACGGUGAGGCCCGAGAUCGGGGGAGGCC